AUGCCGCCGCGGAAGCGCCCGCUGGAACCGUCCUCGGGCAUGCCAGUCCAACCGGAUGCCAAGCCCGUCAUUUCUCCGGCCUCCAAAUCCACCUCCGCCCCCGCCCCUGCCCCCGCUCCCGCCUCCGCCCCGGAGAUCCUGCCUGCCUCCAUCCUCAACAACCUCCCGGGGCCGGAGCGGGAGGUCUACAAGCGCAUCUACGAGGCGGGCAACAAGGGAAUGUGGAGCCAGGACAUCCGCUACGCGAUGAAGCUCGCCGCCCCGACUCUCACCAAGCUCACCCGCGCCCUCGUCCAGCGGGGUAUCCUCAAGGAGGUCACCGAUGUCCGCCACCGCGGGAAGAAGGUCUUCAUGGACGCCCGCAUCGAGCCCUCCCCCGAGAUCACCGGCGGAACCUGGUAUCACAACGGCCAGCUCGAUACCGACGCCGUGGCGGCCGUGCGCCGCAGGUGCCUCGACCAGAUUGACAGGCUCGGCGCUGCCACCCCGGACAUGGUCCACAAGGGCGUCGAGAGGGAAGACCCCAGGGCAGGGUACGCUAUCGAUCAGAUCAGGGACAUCCUGCAGACCAUGGCGCUAGACAGGGUGCUGGAGGAGUGCAGGAGCACCGGGGAGGGAGAGUUUAGCGCGGUCAGAGCCGGGAGGGUGUGCUACCGGCGGGGUGGUGCGCCGCAGGGCGGCAUGAUAGAAGGGAUUCCAUGUGGGGUUUGUCCCAGGAUCGACGAGUGCUCGCCGGAUGGGGUCAUCUCGCCAACCACUUGUGUCUACUACAAGAAAUGGCUGCAGAUGGACUUCUAG